UAUCAUAGAACUAAUUCCAAGCAUAGAGGAAUCAUAUCACAUCAAUAGUGGUAUGUACUAGUGAGAGCUUCUCUUAUAUGCCGUGGCAGAAUCGGCGAAGAAGGUCCGUCAUUUAUUCUAGCAAAUAUCCGUCGAUCCGUGCGUCGCAUCCGUACCUCGUGGCAUUGUUCGGUUGCAGGAAGGGGGCAAGUGGGAACUUUGGAAAUUUUGGAUCGGAGACUCCGGCUAGAGUUUUCGUAGGAGAAGGGCGUUGCAUUUUGUUAACUAAUACACCGUUAACAUUUCAGGGGAAAACCGAAUUUAUUAUGCUAUUAAUAUUGAUUGUUCAUGUGUCUGACACUGGAAAUCGAUCUGACUUCUAUCUGAGUUCAACUCUGGUCAGGGUUAAUACAUUUCGGGAGGGGAGGGGAGGGGGGGGAAGACAAAUGCCGACUGGACAGGAUGUAGUUAGUAGAUAUAGUCACUAGAUAUGCAUAUAGACAGGGAGAGGGAGUAGGGAUCCUUUCAAUUGUUUUUCUGAAAGUAGCGAAUUGCGAAUGACAUUCAUUCAAGUGGAUCAAGGUGGCCACUCACAUGAAAUUUUCA